GGUCGUGAAAAUUUAUUUUUUUGUUUUGUUAUUUAAAUAAAAUAAUUAUUUUUUAAAAAAAUAUAAUUAAUUAUUUAGUGAAUAAGUUGAAAUCAAUUUUGAAAAAUAAUAAUAUAUAAGAAAAAUUUUGUAAAUAUUUUUUAUAUAAAAAAGAAAAAUAAUCAAUUUUGUCUAGAAAAAGAAAAAUUGUGUAGUUUCAAAGAAGGUUUAGUAGGAAAAAAAAUUUGAAAAAAAUUUCAUUGCAAAAAAAAAAAAAAAAGUAGAUGCCAUUAAGAAAAUUUUUUGAAAUAAAUUUUGUAGCAAGUCUUUCAAUAAUAAAUUUAUAAAUAAUAUAUACAAAUAUACAAAAUAUUAAAUUGGAUUAAUUUAAAUUAUAAAUCUAUAUAACAAAAAAAUUUUUUAGAAGGAAGAGUAAAUUUAAAAGGUAAAUUUAAGAAAUAUUUAAGAAGAAAUUCUAAAACUGUAAUACUGAAGCACUCAAGGAUAAAAUAAAAAAAAAAUUGAAAUUUUUUUUUAUGCAUACAUACAAUACAUCAUCUAUUAUAUAUCAACAUACCUAUUUUGUAUUUAAUAUCUACAUAGAACAAUAAGAAAUUUAUAUAAUCGGAGCAUUGGAUGUGUCACAAUUCCAUUGCCAUCGAGUUCAAGUGUACAAAACUCGGUGGCAAUAAUAAAUAUUUUAAUAUUAUUACAACAACUUGAGCAUUACAUAAUUCGAUUGUGUGUCCCAUCAAUAAAUAACACAAAAUUUAUUUUAUACACUUUCUUUGGAGUUUCUUCUUCAAUUUCAUAUUUUUUUUUCUUCUUCUUGUAUAUAACAAUAAUUAAUAAAAAAAAAAAAAUAAAACGAAAAAAAAAAAUAUAAUGACAACUCCAUUGAAAAGUGAUGCUCAAUCACCACCAAUGUCAGAACCACCAGAAUUACCAUCAAAUAUGAAAAAUGAAAAAAUAAAUGAGCAACAGCAACAGCAAAUAAAAGAUGAACAGCAACAACAAAAAUAUAAUAAAAAAAAUGAUUUGGAAGAUCAAGAAAAAUAUCAGCAUCAACAACAACAACAUCAUUAUACACAAUUAUCAUCAUCGUCUAGUAGAGAAUCAAAACAACGUCGUCGUUAUGAACAUAUUAGUGUUCUAUUAUAUGGUUUACAUGAUACAAAAACAAUAACACAUGAUGAUUUACGUAAACCAUUAAAUGAUAAUGAUAAUAAUAAAGAUCAUAAAGUAAGAUUUGCUACACCAGAUGAUUUAUCAUCAGAUGAUAGUACAACAUCUAUAAAUAAACCAUCAUUACCAUUACCACCAGCUGUUAUAAUUACAGAUACUGAUAAUAGAUGUGAAAAUGAAUUUAUACCAUUACAUUUAACACAAUCAGCACCAGUUGUAUCUGAUACACCACAAAGUCCAACAAGACGUUUAAGUCAAUUUAAUUUUGCUCAUCAUUUAAGACGUUUUUCACAUUCUAAUAUGACCCUUAAUCGAGUUGGAGAAUCUAUGGGUUCACUGGGUCAUCGAACUCUAUUACAAUAUGUUGAUUCAAAUGAUUUGUAUGGCCUUAAAACAUUAUUAGAUACACGACACAUUCCGGUCGAUGAUCGAGAUGAAAAUGGCACAACAAUACUUAUGGUUGUAGCUAGUCGUGGAUUAACACAAUUUGUAAGAGAGUUCUUAGCAAGAGGAGCUGAUGUACAAGCAGAAGAUGCAGAUAAUUGGUCAUCACUUAUAUUUGCUGCCAAAUAUGGUCAUCUUGAUGUUAUACAAAUGCUUUUAGAUCAUGGAGCUGAUGUUGAACACCGCGAUAUGGGAGGCUGGACAGCUCUUAUGUGGGCUGCAUAUAAAGGUCAUACAAGUAUAGCUGAAUUAUUGGUUAAUAAAGGAUCUGAUGUUAAUUGUCAUGGAAAUUACCAUUUAAGUCCUUUAUUAUGGGCAUCUGGAAGAGGUCACAAAGAAAUUGUUCAAAUUUUAGUACAACGUGGUGCUAAAGUUAAUGUUGGUGAUAAAUAUGGUACAACAGCUUUAAUUUGGGCGUGUCGUAGAGGUUAUUCUGAAAUAGUAGAAAUAUUAUUAAGAGCUGGAGCAAACGUGGAUACAGCUGGUAUGUAUUCAUGGACAGCGUUACUAGUAGCAACAUCAGGUGGUUUCGUUGAAUGCGUUUCAGCUUUAUUAGAAAAAAGACCAAAUAUUAAUGCAUUAGAUAAAGAUGGUAUGACAGCAUUAUCGAUAGCAUGUCGAGAAGGAUAUCAAGAAAUUGCAACCGCUUUAAUGGCAAAUGGGGCAUAUAUAAAUAUUCAAGAUCGUGCAGGUGAUACACCAUUAAUUCAUGCAGUUAAAGGUGGUCAUCGCGGUGUUGUCGAAGGAAUACUAAAAAAGCACGCUGAUGUUGAUAUACAGGGAAAAGAAAGAAAAACUGCCUUAUAUACUGCUGUUGAAAAAGGACAUACAAGUAUUGUUAAGCAACUUUUAGGUUCAAAUCCAGAUUUGGAAGCCGCCACUAAAGACGGUGAUACUGCAUUGUUACGUGCUGUGCGCAAUCGUAAUUUAGAAAUUGUUCAAAUGCUGUUGGAGCGAAGAGCAAAAGUUAGUGCAAGUGAUAAAAGAGGUGAUACAUGUCUUCAUAUAGCAAUGAGGGCUAGAUCAAAAGCAAUUGUGGAAGCGCUAUUAAGGAAUCCGAAAAAUAGUCAAUUAUUAUAUAGAGCAAAUAAAGCGGGUGAAACGCCAUAUGCAAUUGACACUAAUCAUCAAAAGACAAUUUUAGGUCAAGUUUUUGGUGCUAGGCGACUUAAUACAAACGAGGAUUCAGAAGGAAUGUUAGGUUAUGAAUUAUAUUCAUCAGCAUUGGCUGAUGUACUAAGUGAACCAACUUUAACAACACCAAUUACAGUUGGCUUAUAUGCAAAAUGGGGUAGUGGGAAGAGUUUCCUGCUUACAAAAUUACGUGAAGAAAUGAAUAAUUUUGCCCGUCAAUGGGCUGAACCACCAAUUAAAGCAACUGGAUUAUUAUUUUUAGUUAUAUUACAUUUAUCACUAAUAUUAGGUAUGAUAAUAGGACUUGGUACCUGGUCAGCAUUAUGGGGUGUAUUAUCCGGCGUUUUAUUUAUAGUUAUAAUUUAUUUGAUUUUAUUUUCAAUUAAAUAUGCAAGUAAUAGAUAUGAUGUGUAUUGGGCGUAUUCAUUUUAUCAUGGUAUUAUGAAACGCCUAGGUCGCCUUAGAUUAAUUUUACAAGUAGCAUUUUGCCAUCCACCUGGUGCGCAAAGCGAUAGUCAAGCUAAACCAGUAAGAUUUCAUUUUGCAGAAGCAAGCAGUGCAGCACCAACUGGUGAAGGAUCAGUUGGUAUUAUGUUAGCUUUAUUAUUUGAAGCUAUUGAAUCACAUUAUGGUUGGUUAUCAACACGUUUAUACAGAGCAUUUCGUCCAAAGCCACUGAAAGUUUCAUCUGGAUGGCGUUAUAGAAGAAUGUGUUGCAUACCAUUAGUAAUCAUAUUUGAGUUGGGAUUUUUAACAUUCGUUGCAGGUGUAUCGCUGAUUAUUGCUUAUUUUUCAUUCAAUCCGGACACAAACAGCGAAAAUGUUUUAGUUUCGAUAUAUGUGAUUACAGCUUUGCUUGUUACUGCUAUUUGUACAAAUUUACAUAUCUUAGCGAAAGCAAUUACAUCUCUAUUUACUUCGCAAGGUAGACAUUUAAGAAAGUCUAUGAAAACAAAUGAAGGAGCACCAUUAACUGCACUUGGAGCUGAAGUGGCUCUUAUGACUGAUAUGGUUAAGUGCCUAGAUGCCUUUACCAGCCAACAAAGCCGACUUGUUGGUGUUGUAGAUGCUUUAGAUUGCUGUGAUACUGAACGUAUUUUAUCCGUGCUAAGUUCAAUACAAACGUUACUUCAAUCACCGAAUCGGCCUUUUGUACUUUUAAUAGCUGUAGAUCCUCAUGUUAUAGCCAAAGCUGCAGAAGCUAAUAGUCGUCGUUUGUUUACAGAAGGUGGCAUAGGUGGUCAUGAUUUUUUGCGAAAUUUGGUGCACUUGCCAGUUUAUUUACAAAAUUCUGGUUUACGUAAAGUACAAAGAGCUCAAAUGACUGCUUUAGCCUUUAAACGUACUUAUCUAGAUUUUCAAUCUGAUGAGCCAACUUUAGGUCAUUCCGCUUCAGCUCGUAGAUUAUCAAAUGCUUCGGAAAUCAUGUCUAGUCAAGAAAAACUUAGGGCAAGUCAUCAACCUAGUCGAGCUGGCUCCAAAAAACUACGCAUGUCUGAAUCAAUUGCUAGUUCAAUCGGUUCUAACUUGCAUCGUUUGGGACAGAAUCCACAGACUGGUGUGUUAGAUUUAUCAAAAAUAAUUCUAACAGAUGAUUAUUUUAGUGAUGUAAAUCCUCGGAGUAUGAGAAGAUUAAUGAAUGUUAUAUAUAUUACCGUUCGACUACUGAAGGCAUUCCAAAUAGAUUUUAGUUGGUAUCGUUUAAGUUCAUGGAUCAAUUUGACGGAACAAUGGCCAUUAAGAGCUAGUAUGAUAGUUCUUCAACAUGACCAAAAUGGUGAUGCCUUGGAUGACACAGCAUCAUUACAAAGUGUAUAUGAAAAAGUGAGACCGAAAAUAAGCUGUUUAAGAGAAGCCGCACCCUUAUUAGAAUUGGAUAGAGAUGAAAGAAAAUUAGAUGCAUUUCUGCAGUUACAUAAAUCAGAUUUAUUAGUAUCUGAUUUAAGAAUAUUUUUGCCUUUUACAAUAAAUUUAGAUCCUUAUUUACGUAAAGUGUUAAAAGAAGAUCAACAAGCGUUUGAAGAUGAGGGUGCACCAAUAGGAAUUGUAACAAAACCACAAUCAGCUUCAAACGUUAUUCGUUUUAUGCCACCUACUGGUACUCCUUAUAUUCCACCAAUUUAUCCAACAGCAACACCAUCAUCUAUUAUGCCAUACCAAUUUUAUAGUGAUGGAAAUAAUUAUAGUCCUGUAAUGCAAAUGGCUGCUUCAAAUGCUGCAACAGCUGAAUUUGCAUAUAAAAAUAAAAACUUAUUUAAUAAUUUAUCUGAACCGCCUUCAGAGGCAAUAUUAAAAGCAAUGGAAUCAUCAUCAUUCCCGGAGGAUAUAUUGCAAAUGAAUUUAUCCGAAUUAACAACAGAUGGAGUGAUUAAUUUAUUAGAAAAAAUUGAAGACUUAAGACCAACUAUAGAAAAAUUAUCUCCGAUAUUAAAACAAAAUGCAAUUAAUGGCAGAGUACUUAAAUAUUGUGAUCUUAAUGAAUUAAAAUCGGUAUUGGAACUUAAUUUUGGUCAUUGGGAACUAUUCCGCCUAUUAAUAACUAUUUUAAGGGAUUGUGAGAAAUUUCAUUCUAAAACAAAAUUAAAUAAACAAAAAUCGAUAGAGUCCAGUACUGUUAUAGAUAUUACGGAUUCAACUCCAACAGCAAGUAUUGUGCCAUCUGUUCCACCACCUACGCAAAGGAAAUCGACGCAGAUGGAAAAGCAGAAUAAACUUCUUGAGUACGAAUACCUACAGGUUACAUUAGAAGAACAAAUGAUUGUUGGAGCAUUAUCAACAUUAAAUGAAGAUGCUUAUGAAGAUGUUACAAACAGUGAUAGACCGAGCCCAUCUGGAUUAUCAUCAGCAAAAAAAGAACUAAUACUGGGUGUAGGACCGGAGAGUAUAAUGAUAAAUUUACCAACAACUGUUAGUAGUGGUAGACCACCAAUUCCAAAUUCUCCAUCAACAGCCCGUAGAGAUUCAAUUUUAAAACAAGGACCAACAAGCAUAUAUAAACCAGAACGAAGAGUAUCAAUUAAACAAGAUAAUUUAGCAAUUAAUAAAAAUAUCGCUCAUUUAGAAUAUUUAUAUGAAAAACCUGAAAAUUUUGAACGUUGUAGAUCUUUAUCAGCUGGUUCUGGAGCUGUUCGCCCUAAUACACUUUUAUUAAAUAAAAAUGAAAGAACACAUUUCAAAUUAAUGAGAUCAUCGUCAGUAGAUUAUGAUGAUGCUGAAACAAAUCCAACAAAAACUGCUGAAGUAGAAGAAGAUGAAAAUGCCCCAUUAGUAUUUACUAUUGUCAAAGGAAAUAAAUAAUAGCAACAAAAAAAAAAUUUAGAAAUUAUUUUAAUAUUUAUAUAUAAAAAAGUUAACAAAUGCAAUAAUGUAAAUACAAAAAAAAAAGAAAAGAGAACAAAAUUUUUUAAGUUAAAAUAGUUUUUUUUUUACAAAUAUACUUAAUAUUUAAAA